AGAACUUCCUUCAUUUUGACUAUUCACAGUAGUCAAUCCUAGUCUCCUAGAAGAUGAGGAGGCAGCUGAUGAAGUCUUGGCAGCGGCUCUGUAGGCUUAUAAUGAUUUCUAGGCCCUUUGGAAAGCCAUUGCGAGAUAAGGCGAUGGCAGUUGCUGGAAGAGUCGCUAUAAUGGAAGAAGGGAUGACUUUGAAAGCUUCUUGUCCAGUGUGCUUACAAGUUCUAAGCACACCACUUGAUUCUGAUCUAAAAAUGACACUGGCUGUACACAUGAGCUUAUGGCACGCAGAUGAUGUUCAACUGCAUUGGGAGCUGAUGCAAAACAAAGGAAGAUCAAUUGUUCACAUGCCUUCUUUCUGCUUUGGAGCUGGGAUGGCUGCUGGAAUUGGUACUCUGAUGGUUAUUCUUGCCAGAAGUCAUGCUCAAGCAUUUGGCAAUAAGAGGUGAAGUUUAUCUCUAAUUCCUACUAAAAAGGGUCUAUGAUGAUUCUCUGUGUUUUGCCGCUAGUUUUUGCCUCAGUUCUAAAGAAUUAGCCUAGUCUAAAGCUUCUAAUUUGCAGUGUUAGGAAAGAACAAACAGAGAGAAAUUCAUGAGCUUGUAUUAUUGAACGACUAAGGUUAUAUGAAGAUCCAUAGAUGGUAUAGUAG